CUGAAACACACACACACACACACACACACACACACACUGUGCUUUCUGUGAGCGCAUCAGUGUGUUCAUUAGGGGACGAGCUUUGAGGUCGAGCUUUGUGUCGUGUCCGUUAGUGUUCGCAUCGGUCCUCUUCCUCUUCUGCUCUUGACCCCGUCGAACUGCUUACAGGAAAUGAUGUCAUUUGACAUACAGAUGGAGGACAGUGUCGUCAUUAACUCCCUCUAGCUCCCCCAUUCAUGUUCAUUCUAUUCUAUUAUGCGUUUUCCACCAUUUCGAAUUUUAUAGAAAUAAAAGGAUUAGGUUUAGGGUUCAUGUCAUCACAAGCAUGAACUGAGGACACUAGCGCCAUCUACGGCUCAGGAGAUAUUUUUGCUCUUAAUUUCUGAACGGUAUGCCCAAAAAUCAUAAAGUCUCUUUUAGGUCAGUGCAACACACCGAGUCAAUUAUUGCAUGUCAACUAGUUUAUUUUUGAAUUUUGUCGUAAAAUACUGUAAGUUAGCGUAUCGUUGCUGAACCCGGUGUGUGUGUGUCAUGGCCUGAGGGGACUCAAAAAGUUUUGAAAGAUUAUCUACAAACCAUUCCAGCAAACACAUAUUACAAGUUCAAUGAAAUUGAUAGCAUGAUGCCAAAAUUAUUGAGUGUGUUAUUGUCCUCACACUGACCCACAUCAGUUUGGUCACAGCGCCACCUAUUGGUCAAAAGUCAUAACGAUUAAAUCACAUUGAUUGUAUUUGUGAUUUUUUUCCAGCUAAAAUAAAAAAUCUCUAAUGCCUCAUAGUUGCCGUUGUCUGAUUAUCAUCGUGCCUCUUUCUGAUUGACCCCUUGAAUUCAGUCUGAGUUUCAGUGUGUGGUGCUCCUGUGGGCGUCGUGGGUUUGAGUCUGACGCACAUCCUCUAUCGGUCUCUGAAUAACGAGGAAAAACACCCUCAAAACGUUUAAAGUGCGUAAUAAUGUGACGAUGUUUUAUGCUCUGGAUUGAGUUUCGCGUCUGAUCACUUCUUUCAUCAUCAGUUUCCUCAUUGAUCAUCAACAUUAAUCAUACGCUCUUGUGUUCCACAGGCCUGUGUUUGCAGUAUUUCUGUCAGAAAGAUUAUUACUUUUAAAAGACAAACUGGAUGGAUUUUGUUUCUUUGAGGAGGAUCUCAAAGUGACUUUUGCUGUGUAAAAAUGCUGAAUAAAUGCACAAUAAAAUGUUUUACAGUAUUCCCGCAUCUGUGAGUCAGUAGAGGGAAUAUUGUUGUUGGGAUUGUAGAUAUGGAUUGAUGUUUCCUCAGUGCUCAUAAAGUCAGACCCGUGUUUGACGGACACUCAUGCACUGCCUGAAUCAAUGGUGUCUUUGUGCAGAGUGUGUGUGUCGGUUUGCGUCAGCGGGCAGUGGAUAUAAGAGUGUGUGAGAGCUGGAGCGGCUCACACACACACAAACACACACAGUGGAUCUUCCUCUGACCGACGGGAUGCAGGAGCAGGAAUACAUGCAGAGAGGGAAGGAGAUGGUGGACUUCAUACAGCAGUAUCUCACACGGAUCCGUGAGCGGCGGGUGGUUCCGGAUGUUCAGCCGGGGUUCAUGCGUCCUCUUCUGCCCAGCAGCGCCCCGUACGAGCCUGAGGACUGGAGCCGCAUCAUGCAGGACGUGGAGAACAUCAUCAUGCCCGGGGUGGUGCACUGGCAGAGUCCUCACAUGCAUGCGUAUUUCCCUGCGCUCACAUCAUGGCCGUCGCUGCUGGGAGACAUGCUGGCAGACGCCAUCAACUGCCUCGGCUUCACCUGGGCCUCGAGUCCAGCGUGCACGGAGCUGGAGAUGUGUGUGUUGGACUGGUUGUGUAAAGCACUCGGGUUGCCAGAUCACUAUUUACACCAUCAUCCACAGAGCAAUGGAGGAGGAAUACUGCAGAGUACGGUCAGUGAGUGUACGCUGGUCGCUCUGCUCGCCGCCAGGAAGGACCGGAUCCUGCAGAUGAAGAGUGACUUCACACACGCCGACACCGACGAAUCCGUGCUGAACGCCAGACUCAUCGCGUACGCCUCCGAUCAGGCUCACUCGUCAGUGGAGAAGGCUGGUUUGAUCGCUCUGCUGAAGAUCAGGUUCCUGGAGACUGACGAGGCGUUUUCUCUGCGUGGAGAAACUCUUCAGCGCGCCGUCGAGGAGGACCGGAGGAGAGGCUUCAUCCCUGUGAUGCUCUGUGCGACGCUCGGCUCCACCGGUGUGUGUUCCUUUGACCGUCUGGAUGAGCUCGGCCCCGUGUGUGCGCGCGAGGGUCUCUGGCUGCACGUGGACGCGGCGUACGCUGGAUCUGCCCUCAUCUGUCCUGAACUGCGCUAUUUUCUCAGCGGGAUCGAGUUUGCAGAUUCUUUCGUCUUCAACCCGUCGAAGUGGAUGAUGGUUCAUUUCGACUGUACAGCAUUUUGGGUGAAGAAUAAGAUGAAGCUUCAGCAGACGUUCACCGUUGACCCGCUUUACCUUCGACACGACAACUCGGACGCCACCGACUUCAUGCACUGGCAGAUCUCUCUGAGUCGCCGCUUCCGCUCGCUGAAGCUGUGGUUCGUGAUGCGCUGCUUCGGUCUGAAGAAUCUGCAGGAACACAUACGACACAGCGUGGAGAUGGCGAAGCUGUUCGAGUCUCUGGUCCAAAACGACACAAACUUCCAGAUCCCAGCGCAGCGGCACCUCGGCCUGGUCGUCUUCUGCCUACGAGCCGGGAACGCCGCGACGCAGGAGCUCCUGAGGAAACUGACCAAAUCCGGCCAGAUGUUCCUGAUUCCGGCGGCCAUCGGGAACAAACUGAUCAUCCGCUUCACCGUGACGUCGCAGUUCACCGGCGCGCAGGACAUCCAUCAGGACUGGAGGCUCAUCCAGGAGGCGGCCCGUGAGGUUCUGCAGAAUCUGACCCGCCAGCCCAGCCUGGGCUCCAGCACCGACGAGGAGGAGACGGAGCCGCUGAUCCACACGGACCUCAGCCGGAUGAGGGAGCCCAUGAUCGACGGGCGUCUGGUGCGUCAGGGCCAGAGACGGGCCUUCAGGUCCAUGAGCUGCAGCGCCGAGCUCCCGCCGGCCCGACCCGAGCGCUGUGUCCCGCUGGAGCAGAUCCCGGAGAACCGGAACCAGGACAGCCGGAACCAGAAGCGGCUCCUGAAGGUCCACAGCGUCCCGAGCCUCUCACAGUUCUGGGAUCAGUGCGGGAUCUACCGACCCUUCAGGAGAGGCCUGGUGACCAGCAGAGCCAGCUGCUUAAACUGCCUACCUCUGCCAUAGCACACACACACACACACACACACACACACACACACACACACACACACACUCUACAGUGUCAGGGAUGUUGUCAGGUCAGUGAACUCCUGCACUCUGUUCCUUUAUUAUGAUCAAUGUCUGUCUGUCAGUACUGAUUUAUUUAAACAUCUUCACUUUAAAACAUAUUUACUGCUAAAAGGUGUCCAAAAAUGAUUCUGAAUAAAACACUUAUUAAAAAGAUAAAAGAUUUAAUUUCUUCGCCUGUAUGUGAUCCAUGAAGGAUUGUUUCUACCAGAGAAUAAAAUUAAAAAUAUAAAAAAGGAUUUUUUCUAGCAAAUGUUUUUAUUUUUAAUCCUUGGCAGAAACAGGCUUCCGUGGUCAUGUGACCGAGAUCAUGCGCGUGUGUUGUUAAAUUAUUGAAAAAUUGAAUUUCAGAGAGGCUAAAUAGUGUUGGGUUCCUACAUCAGGAUGUUGGGUCUGGGAAGGGUUGGGGUCAUCCGAGGGGCGGGACACACGCUUGUCUUUCAAAUUCUCUCUGGACGCAAUUGGAUAGCGCUACAACCAAUCAGAGCAACGGAGAAGGUGACGGCUGAGUCCUAUGCGUUUUCCCACCGGCGGAGCAGGUUGAUAUAUUAAACUAUUACCGUAUCCAGUCGGCAAAACUCAAGUGCCGUUCUUUGUUCUGUUUUCAAAGAAAAGCUGAAGUUCAAAUCAUCCAGAGUUGAGGUCAAAGCCGAAUCGAAGACCGCUGUUCGCCAGCAAGAAACAGUGAACCGUCGUCGUUAUAAGCCCGCCCGCCGACUCUAUACACCAUGAGAUUGGGCUGACCAGAGUGAGGUUUUUCCGCUGCGAAAUCCUUCUUGCUGCCGCUAGGGUGCGUUAGACUUCUAGCCGUGGGGAUAUUUGGCUGACAAACAUGUUUGUGAAUUCCUGACGUAGACAAAUCAUGUGAAGUUUAUAAUACUACUAUUAAUGUACCAUUUUCAGUCUUUAUGAAUGUGAUCAGUGUUAGUCAGAGUCAGAAGUGACGGACUCGAACCCGUCCUGCACCAGCUGACCUUUGACCUGUUUGAAGGUUCUCAUCACGUCCGCCUCGUCCCGAGGAGGAAUCAAACAUGAACUUUGACUUUCUCUCUCACAAUUCAGACGUUUUUCUCAGAAUUGUAAGAAUUGUCCAAAUUCUGAGAAAUAACUCGCAACUCCAAAAAAAACAAAAAGUUUAGU